AUGCCGGCAUGUCCGAGUGAAGAACAUUCUCCUAAUUAUCUAGAAAAGAUUUUUUCAACUUACAAAGUCAUAUAUGUCACUGCGGAGACUUUUAUACGAAAUCAAUCUUUUACCACGAUACUACGUCGUCUAGCAGAAAGAAAUCUUUUAUUGUUUGUAAUUGAAGUACGCAUCAGGAGUACAGAGGAAAGUUAUGUUAGAAAUUGUCGAACUUUUGACUUAAGUAGAAAGUGGUUGCACAUUAUUUAUUGUUCAACAAUAUGUGCAUGUGAAGAAACAUUAGCAGAUUUAUACGAAAAGGGAAUUGCAAAAACAAUGGGUGUCUAUCACGAAAAAUUAAACGGCAAAGCAUCAGCCCAACAAAUGAAGGAAUGGAAAAAAGGUCUAAUCCAAGGAAUGAUUGCUACAAAUGCUUUUGUAUUGGGCAUUAAUUCAAGGACGUUCGAUUGA